UGUGUAAACUUCAAGAAUAUGGAGUUGGUCAGGAGCAGGCUGGUGCUAGGCCAUUUCAUGGCAUAACCUACCACUGUAAUAGCUAAUAUUUAUUAAACACUUACUAUGUGUCAGGCUAAGUGCCUUUCACAUGUUUGUUAUCUCUCCCAAUCUUCUAAUUACUGUGAGGUACAUACUUUUGUUAUUUCUGUUCUACAGAUGAGGAAACUGAGGCUCAGAGAGACUGAGUGACUUGCUGAAGAUCACACAGCAUAUAAGUAGCAGAACCAGGACUGGAACUUGGCCCCCCAGGAUGGAAACUGACUACCUGAAGAGGUGCUUUGGAAACUGCCUGACCCAGGCACUGGCAGAGGUGGCAAAGGUUCGACCGAAUGACCCAAUAGAGUACCUGGCUCACAGGCUUUAUCAUCAUAAAAAAACAGCUAAUGCAAAAGAAGAGAAUGGGCAAGAUAAGAUCCAGCUGAAGGAGGAAUAUGACAGUAGCCUCAAGGAAGUGGAAGUAACAAAAAUGCUGAAGCAAGCAGAGGGUCAGAUUCAACAGAAGUGUGAAAAGUGUCACAAGGAUUUGAUUUCCAAAGCUCUUUCCACAAAGACCAUACUUGUGAAGGAAGACAUGAAACCACUUGAGAAGGAGGCCUUGAAGCAGGAAUUCCUGCCAGGUACUUCCAAUAUGAUUACAGGAAUGUCUCAACAGGUUGCUCCUUUGGAGUCAGCUGGCCAGACUGACCGGGACUUUGAAACUCCACAAGAAGUAAAUUACCAGGAGGCUUUUCAGCAUGAAUUUAUUCAUGAAAUACCUCCUGGCUCCACAUCUUCUUCUUAGAUUAUGAGAAGGUGGAUGAGUCUAACGACACACCCUCAAAGCUGCAAGCCAAUACAACAGCCAGCUAGAAGAGCUCUUACUUAAACCAAUAUUUAAGAGGGACUGAAAAAGGAGGCGUCUCCAGGGACUCUCCAGCCCAAGUCCUAUUCUGAUAGCCAUGAAAAUCCCUUAGUCAUUUGAGGAUUUGAACUAGUUAUAGGAUAAAAUAAAAUCAGAAUAAGGAUUUAAAAUAAGCAACUCAACUGAUGAGAUUUUUUCCUUUUGUUUUAUCUUUUUUUUGGAGAUGACACCAUGAAAACCCAUUCAUCUCAUGUGUUCGUAUCUUAGCUUUAGCUGCACUUUGUAGUCAGUCCUCUCAGAGUGUUUACACAUGUCCUGGAGUCUACCAAUGUCACUGAUAACAGGUAUUUUUCUCCAAUAUAUGUUACCAAUUUUUUUUAUUGUGGUAAAAUACAUAUAACAUAAAAUUUACUAUCUUAACCAUUCUUAAAUGU